AUGGCGACUCUGGCGCCGCCCUCGAAGGGCCCCAAGCUUGGCAGCAAAAAGCUGCCGCCGCUGCUGAAGCCAGUGGGGCCCCCCCCCAAGAAGCCUCCCCAGGCAUUCUUGGGGGCCCCCAAGCCCAAGGUACCCUCGGGGGGCCCCCCAGUACCCAAAGGGGGCCCCCUGGACGAGCCCGUCUCAAACCCUAUUACCCCUUUAAUAUCCCCCGCGGCCUCUCCCCGGCCUCCGCCGCCGGGGGCCCCCCCCCAGGGGCCCCCAAAGGGCCCCAAGGGGGCCCCGCCGGGGCCCCCAAAGGGCCCCAAGGGGGCCCCCCCGGCUCGGGGGCCCCCCCCGCCUAAGAAGGGGCCCCUGGCCGCGGGGCGGGUCUCUCCGGGGGCCCCCCCGGACACGGGGGCCCCCCAACCCCCGGGGCCCCCACCAGGGUCUGUGCGGCUUCUAGAUAUGCUCAAAAGGAACUUAAAUGCUUCCAAGGGGGCCCCCAAAGGCUUUAAUUCUUCUUCAGAAAUGCAGCAAAGGGUCUUUUUGGGGGACUCCCCAGCCCCCAGCGAGGCCCUCGAGGGGCCCCAGGGGGGCCCCCCUGCAACCCCUACUGCCAGCAGCCCCAGGGGGGGCCCCCCUUCUCCGAGAGACAUUUGGGGCCCCCAGGACCCUUUUGGGGGCCCCCCGGAGUUGGGGGAAACAGCUGCAAGAGAGGAGUACCCUGGGGCCCCCAAGGGGGCCCCCCUGCUCCAAAAACCCAGCGGGGGGCCCCUGGGGCCCCUGGCAGGGGGGCCCCCCCCAGCCACUUCUUCCCUUUUAAGCAGCACUUGGGAAAAAAGGCAAGAAGGGGGCCCCCCUGACUUCUUAGAAUCCAAAACAGAUAAACCCACAGCAGCAGCAGCAGCAGCAGCAGCAGCAGCAGCAGCAGCAGCCAAGGGGGCCCCCGAGGACAACACGAACCCUGCUGCAGCAGACCCAGGGGCCCCCCAGACGGACCCCUAUUCCUCAAUGCUGCAAAACCUUUUUGUCACGGGGGCCCCCGGGGCCCCCGGGGCCCCCGGGGCCCCUGGGGCCCCUGGGGCCCCCGGGGGGCCCCCCUGUCCCAUAUGGGGGCUCAGCAGCAGCUGCUGCUGCCACGGCGGGGGCCUUUUAGUGGCAGCAGCAGCACCUCCAAGCAGCACAUUAAGCUGGGGGGCCCCCUGGGGGGCCCCCUGGGGGGCCCCCCCACUUGCUGCUGGGUACCAGGGAGUUGGGGGCCCCUGUGUCCCGCCUGCUGCUUUAGUUGUGCCCCACAGCUGCUGCGCUGCUGCCCCGCAGCAGCAGCAGCAGCAGCAGCAGCACCACUGCCACCACCACCACCACGGGCAGCAGCAGCAGCAGCAGCAGCAGCCACCCGUCCCCGCAGCGCUUGACGUGAAGCUGAACUUCACAACAGCAGCAGCAGCAGCAGCAGCAGCAGCAGCAGCAAGAGGAACUGAUGAAUAUGAAGACAGCGAUCUAGGUGAGACACCCCGACGAGAGGCCCCGUUGGGGUGUACGUACACCCCACAAGUCGCUGACUCAGAGCUGCUGCUGCUCUGCUGCCUUUCUGCUGCCUUUCUGCUGCUGCACCGUUGCUGCGCUGCUGCUGCUGCUGCGCUGCUGCUGCGCAGACCCCCUGGACCCCCGGCGGUGCGCCCGGCUGCGGCGGAAGCAGCAGCAGCAGCAGCAGCAGCAGCAGCAGCAGCAGCAGCAGGAGCCGCGGUACGUGGCCGUGGGGGGCAGCGGGCAGCUGGGAAUUGUGGGGCCGGGCCACAGCCGGGUGUACGUACACCCCGAGGGCCAGCCGCGGGGCUGUAG